GUUCUUGCCUCUUGUAUUGAACAUUGCCAUCCGGAGAAAGCUGCCUCUGUCCUGGAUUCUCUCCCCUGCUCUUGAGACUCAUCAAGUAUGCAAGGAAUUGCUCGAGUUGUACAGUCACGCCGCCAUACACUUCAGAAUGUAAUUCUAAAGCACCCAAAGGUGCAGUGCACAGCAGUUCAACCUAAUGUACUUUCACGCUGUGAAUGUGUUAUAUCUUCUCCUACCAUGCAACACAAAGGUAUAGAGAAUACAACAGUAGCAGAAGUUCUUACAACAAAAGGAGAAGACUCUCUGCUCUGUUGCCAUACUGACGACACUGUUUAUGAUGCUGUGAAGAGGAUGGCAGACAGUAAUGUUGGAUCCUUAGUGGUUCUAAGGCCGGGGGAGCAAAAACUGAUUGCAGGAAUAGUUACAGAGAGAGACUACCUGAAGAAGAUAAUUGCACAGGGAAGAGCAUCCAAAUACACAAGGGUUGCGGAAAUUAUGACUAAUGAGAGUAAGUUGAUUACAGUGAGCUCUGAUACAAACAUUCUCCAUGCGAUGCAGUUGAUGACAGAUAAUAAUAUACGGCAUGUGCCUGUCAUAGAUGGAAAGAUAGUAGGCAUGAUUUCCAUCGUAGAUGUUGUUCGGGCAGUGGUAGAGCAGCAAAAUCAGGAGGUGAAGCGUUUGAAUGAUUUCAUCAAAGGAGAUUACUAUUAGUAUUUAAAACAUCUCUCUGUAUCUCGAGCUGUGGUUUCUAGAAUCGGACAUUUAUAACCCAAAA